AAAGACCUUAAAUCCUCAAGGUUGCUAAGCGGGGCAAUUUGAGUGUUUGUGAGAUGAUGUGUAUCUUAUCCUGAUACUACUGUUGCAAUCAGUUCUUACACAAUGUUAGCUUACAACCUGCUUAUCAGGUUUCCGACAUCAGGAAACUGUUAUUCACUCAAGUUUACUAAAGAUAUCACUGUGUACGAUUUAUGUCAUGAAGUCCAUUCAAAAAUUAGAGAAGCUGCUUGCCUAAAUCCAUCAGAAUAUGGAAUCUUUGUACCAGACCCUGACCCUAAGCAUUCUUUUUGGUUAGACAAUUCAAGAAUGCUCUCUUAUUACCAUUUUUGUGAUAAUUUUGAGGUUCAAUAUCGUUCCAAGCUUCGUCUUCUUGUGAUACAAAC